AUGUAUAUUUCCUUUUUUAUUAAUGCGAAUGGAAUUUUAUACCAUGUGAAUUAUGAGUACUUCCUCGAUGCUAACUCUAUUAACCUGUACAAUGCGUACAACUAUGGUUACUUCUUCACUAAUCAGAAGAUCCCCGAUGAAACUUCCCCUAGCAGCAGCGGUGAUGAGAAGGCAGCUUCGAACGGCAGCGAUAAAUCUGGUGCUAACCUCGGGGGGGAGAAGGCUGUCGCCCCUGAAGAACGCAUAUACGUGCUCUACGUGGGCAGUCGAGUCAUGCAAGAAAAUUGUGUCAUGUAUAACCGCAAAGAUAUGAUCGAGUUCAAGAAGGGAAACGCAUACAAAAUUAUUCAGCAGAAUAAAUUCAACUCGCAUGACUCCUUCUUCAAUAUCUUUCUGCUGAAGCUCGAGUCUGAGUACCACUUUUAUAACCAGUUCCUCAGAAGUGAGCAUGAGCACCUCUACCGCUUCUCCGUGCACAACUGCAAUAUGAUUCUGACAUACGACUCCUUGAGCAAGUUUGACAUUCCCCAUGAGAAGUUCACCCCGCACUUCAAAGACGUAUACACCCUGAUCAUCAUCUACCCGGGAAGCAACAUCAGCUCGAUGUGCAGCCUCUUCAGCAACUACAUAUUUCGGGAGUCCGUUUACAACCUACGGAAGGAGCAGUCCAAUGUGCUGGAGAUCUACGCAGAGAGGAAAAAGCUAACCAUGCUGGUGAACAACAAAACGAAGAACUACUACGUCAACCUGAACAACAAAAAAAAGGAAGAGCCUCUAGAGAGUAGCCUUCUCAAAAUGAAGAGCUGCCUAAAGCAGUACGUGAAGAAUAACUACGAUGACUACUUCGAUUAUUUGAAUAUCAUUUAUUUUGUAUCGUCCGAUUAG